UUUCUGUGUUUACAAUUUUAAUACAAUUAGCCGUGAAUUAUGUAUUUUCUAAAUGGAGAAUUCGGUUUCAAAGGCGUUUGAAAAGGCACAGCAGUUUUCUGGCUAUUUAGAGUUGAAAGAGUAUCAACGGCAGACCAUUGAAGCCUAUCUAUCUGGCAGAGAUGUGUUCGUUUCUAUCUGGCAGAGAUAUGAGAAAAGCUUAACCUUUGAGUUAGCUCCGCAUGCUUUCGAGUACUUGUCGGAAAAUAACAAGUCGCUGGUUCUCGUUGUCGUUCCGUUGGUUUCGCUUAUGAAAGACCAAGUUAGCAAUUUGGUCAGUCGUGGAAUUCCUUCUUCCUAUAUUGGGGAUGACUGUUCGGAAAAUCAACUGAAAUCUAUCUUAGAUUUCAAAUCCAGAAUCGUAUUUGGGAGUCCCAAAGCACUUCUGAAUAAUUACCGCUACAUAUUUCGACACUUGAAGGAGAACUUGAAAGCUGUAUUUAUCGAUGAAAGUCAUUGCAUCACCAAGUGGUAAGUGGCAUUUAAACUUGAAAAAAUUCAUAUACGAAGGCUUAAAGCUAGCUUUAUUGCGCGGAGAAGAACGGGAAGUAGUUCUUCUCUGCGCAAUUUUGGUGCUUUCUAUAUAUUUACUAUUAAAGUUUCAAAAACUUCCACGCGCAAUUUCCAAAUUUUCCAGUCAGGGCUAGCUUGUCCGAAAGAACAGUGGUCAGAACAGGUCCAUGCUAAUUUGCAUAUUAUAUCAUAUUUGCCUAUUAAGUUGUUCAAUAUACAGUAGUCUCGACAGCAGUUAUAUUUCAUGUUGUUGCUUGUCCUAGUUGGACACAUAGAGCUGUUACUUUGUAUAUUUAACAGAGUAAAGCAAUUUUCUACGUUUUCCCUAUGUCACUGUAUCAACAACAAAGUAUCCCAUACAGACAAGCAAAUAAACUUGCUACACAAUAAACUUAUAGAAAACAUGCUGGUCUGCAACCGCCUAAUAAAGAAGUAUCUACAGUAAGCAUUAUUGUAAAAUAAUAUCUUAUUAAUAAACACAUGGUUUGUUUUUUAGGGGAAAGGAUAGCCUCACAGAGGAAGCUUUCAGAAGUGAUUAUGGUCGACUUGCAGAGCUAAGGUCAUUGGUGCACAAGAAUGUUCCUUUCAUUGCACUCACCGCCACAGCAACAGAGGCAACACGGAAGAAAGGAUCUCUGUAUGAGGGAUUGCGUCCAGAUUAUUGGUGACCCAAACAAGCAAAAUAUAAAAGAUGUUGACAGCCUUGUCAAAAAGACGGUAGAAACAGAGUUUUGUAAAGAGAAUGGCACUGUACGGGUUGUAUUUUGCACAAUUGCAUUUGGAAUGGGAGUGAAUGUAAAUGUGGUCAUUCACUUGGGACCAUCGGGUGGACUUGAUGACUAUCUUCAAGAAUCUGGUAGAGUUGGACGUGAUAAAGCAAAUGCACAUGCAAUUUUGUUAAAAUACAAAGGUUGUACAUGUAAUCGUAACAUUACAAAGCAGAUGAAAGAAUAUGUGAGGAACACAACAGAGUGUAGGAGAGUCUUACUUCUCAAACUGUUUGUGAGUAAUCCCCAACCAAAUGCUAUACUUCAUUCUUGCUGUGAUAUAUGUGCAGGCAAGUGUAAGUGUUUGUGCAUAUGUCCUGAUAAAGAACAGUGUGCUUGUACUGAUACAUGCAAUCCAGGUAAUCACCAGUCCACAUUUGAAAACCUGUUGAACUCUGUGACUAAUGUGUCUUCUGUUAAUGAGAAGACCAGCAGAAAGAAACUGAAAGGAGAAAAUGCUAGACAGUUACGAGAGGAUAUUUUAGAAUAUCGCCUGCAACUUGCAGGUAACAUGACACACGAACAGCUACUGAUUGGUUUAGAUUUGGCAACUGGAUUUACCAGGUCUUUGAUACAUUCUAUUGUUGAAAAUGCAAGGAAUAUUUCCAGCAUGGACAUUCUGUUAGAGAAAUUUAACUUCUUUGAAAGAAAACAGGCAGAGUAUGUUUGGCAGUGCUUGUGAGACUUACAUGAUAGCAGUAGCAGCGAUGAUGGUGAUGAGAAUGAAGAAAUAGAACCGCCUAGUGAAGAUAAUGAAUUUGAAGAUAGUGAAUUAGAGGAUUAUGACAUUGAGCACACUGUCACAAGAUGUGGACACCUUCGCUUGUCAGGUAGCUCUGAAGACAAUGAAUAA